GAGGGAAAGGAACUCGAAGGGCUGAGAAGCAGAAAAGAGAUCAUUUUCCACGGGGACAGAGGCCGAAACUUCGGGGACGCGGAAGGAAUGGUGCCGACCCUAAAAAGUGAGCUGGUUCAAAAAGAAAAGGGGAGACGAUUUCGGGGCGGUACAAUGCGUUAAAGGGAAUGAUGGAGGGAGGUGGGGGAUUGGCUCCAAUUACGUUCUCCCCAGUUCUUGCUAAAAAUCAGAUCAUUCGGGAUUGUAAGCGGAAAGGGAGGAAUAGAUGUUGCGUGGGAGAAGUGUCAGAGUCUGGGCUCUCCGAGCUGUUAAACCUCUUGGGAAGCUGAAUAGGGAUGGGGACUCUCCACGUCCAGAACCAAUUCGGCAAGCGCCCCCGCCCUUUCUCUCCCGCUGGCCGGUUCCUCCCACCCUCUGUCAGGUCCUCCUACCUACCCAUAACUCUCCACUCUAGCCCCUCCUGCUCGUGGCCCCAGAUCCUAAUGCUGCCGGGCACUGGCCGUGGUGCUGAAACCGAGGUCAAGUCUGAAGGCGGAGCCGAGGUUGAGGGUUGGGGCCCAGGCGGAGUAGGAGCAGCCAGGAGGGUGGAGAAGAGGCAUCAGGACAGAGCGGGGCAGGUACUCGCUGGGGGACGGAGACUCAGCAGGGUCUAGGAGGAGACAUAUGCCUGAAGGAGCGGACUCGGAAACCAGAACAAUCUCCCAUCCUGCUGGAACCCCACGACUUGUCUGCCUCUCCUACUCGGACACUAUCCCGGGAGUGGAAUCUCCCAUAGCAGUCUCCUGCACUAUCUAUUUCACAAUUCCCCUAACCUAGGUCAGUGUGGUGCUGUGGGCCCAGUCGUGGGCUCCAGUGCUGAAGCUAUCCCUUCAGUUUCUCUUCCUCUAGGUGCCCCUCUCCUACCUACCCACCAUGACGAAGCUGCUGCCGGCCCAAGAGGCAGCCAGGAUCUACCACACCAACUAUGUGCGGAAUGCCCGGGCAGUAGGGGUGAUGUGGGGCACCCUCACUAUCUGCUUCUCUGUUCUGGUCAUGGCUCUGUUUAUUCAACCCUACUGGAUUGGAGACAGUAUCAACACACCCCAGGCUGGCUACUUCGGCCUCUUUUCUUAUUGUGUGGGCAAUGCCCUGACUUCAGAGCUUAUCUGCAAGGGCAGCCCCCUGGACUUCAAGACCAUACCCUCUGGUGCCUUUAAGACUGCCAUGUUCUUCGUGGCUGUUGCCAUGUUUCUCAUCAUUGGCUCCACCAUCUGCUUCAGCCUCUUCUUUGUCUGCAACACAGCUACUGUCUACAAGAUCUGUGCCUGGAUGCAGCUGGCAGCUGCGACGGGCUUAAUGAUCGGCUGUUUGGUCUACCCCGACGGCUGGGACUCCAGCGAGGUAAAGCGCAUGUGUGGGGACCAGACGGGCAAAUACACGUUGGGUGCCUGCACCAUCCGCUGGGCUUUCCUGCUCGCUAUGAUCAGCAUCAUGGACGCCCUCAUUCUCUCCCUUCUGGCAUUUGUUCUCGGUUACCGGCAAGAUAAACUCCUCCCGGAUGACUACAAAGCAGAUGGAAAUGAGGAAGUAUGAAAUAGUUCAACAUGAGGGACAUCUGCUUCUUGGAAAGAACCCCUGUACAACUUCAACAUAAAGCUACAGAAUCUGAUUCUCCAGAUAGAACUUUUCUUCCCAAUUCCCCCAUCUUCCUCUACCCGAGUCUUAGUCUUGAUACAACACGGAAUUAGAACUCGGGAUUUUGAUUAGAGAAGAGUCCUGUGAUGGUGCUGCUUUUCAGGUGCUACAGAAGAACUGCAGAUGCUUCUGGAGAAGGGCGGCCACCAGCUGAUGGAGAGUACUGGCCAUAGGAGUCGGGGUCUAUCUAACCCAGCGGAGUGCCCUGGAACAAGUCACUUCACUUCUAUAGAUGCUUUCUCAUCUGUAAUAGAAGGGGUUGGACUCGAUCUCUAGAAGAUCCUUUUCUAGUUCUUAGUCUACGAAAGCCUUAAAGAUUAGAGGUAUUUAAAAAGAAGACAUGUAGAAACUGUAUGCAGGCCUACCUACUCCAGUGGAGCUUUUUGAGGCAACAGCUAUUCCUGGGUUACUAAAGAGCUGGUUAUCUAGUUAAUGGGAUCUGAAGGGGCGUCUGGUCUCUGCUUUUCCUUUCUUCCUGACUGGCUCGUUUUAUUGCUCUGGAAUGAGGAAAUGAUUUAGGAAUAUAUUACUAGGCUGAGAAAACUCAACACAACCUAGUAUUUGUAAGAACUGUAAAAAUCACAUGGAAUGUUGACAAAAUCUGGAUUCCAUCUUUUGUAAGUCCAUCUCUUCUCCUCCCAUCCCAAUGAGCGGGGAUAUCUGAAUGGGCAAUUCUUGCUAAACCCUGGCAGCAUCUUUCUUCUUCUUCUAACAGGGAAGUCACAUCCUCAGUGCUCACACUAAUGUGGCCAGGAGCUAUGACUGACGACAGGGCUUUGGAGAUCAGCUCUCCAUUAGUUCCUUUCCACUUACAGAAUAAAAUGCAUUCCUUGGUAGGCAUUAGGUAGCUAACAGAAUGGAAUGUCCAGCGGCUCGGUCAAUAGCUUGCCUGCUCUGGUUGCAGACUGCUCUGAGGUGAAUAACCCUGGUCAUUUCCUCCGGCUGCCCAUCCAGGUACCUCCAUGCACUCUCCCCUAGGGGCUGCCAGGGAAGCAGAGGGAAUGCCCUCUGCCCUUCCUACCUCUUCUUGCCCUGGUGAAGACUAAGCACUUUCCUCUCGUCACACAGAAAGGCCCUAGCUCCAGGUCAAGUAAAUGGUCAGUGUGAUUCCCAAUAUUGUUAGCUAUGAGAAAUUUCACUAGUCAGUUAAACACUUUAGGUACCUACUAUAUGCCAGGUGCUGAGUACAUAAAGGAAAAACUGGUUUUUGUCUCCAAAGAGCUCUUUUGUAGGGGAGAUGCAAUUAUAUACAGGUUAGAGGCUUAUCUCGGGGUAGGAAGAAUUAGCAAGUUUCAUGUCAAAAGUGGAACAUGAAACAGGUCUUAAAAAAUAUGGGGGCAGCUAGGUAACACAAUAGGUAAGUCAGGCCUAGAAUUGCAAGGUCCUGGGUUCAAAUCUGGCAACAGACACUUCCUAGCUAUGUGAUCCUGAACAAGUUACUUCACCCUGUUUGCCUAGCCCAUGCCCUUCUGCUUUAAGAGUUGUCACCAUGAUAACGGCUUAAAAAACAAAAGCUAGCAAUCUUGGGGGAGUGGGAAUGGAGAUAAACAAAUGCUUACCAGGAAUGUGUCUAGUGAAAAGCUAUGUAGACAGGAAAUGUGUUGUGCAGGAGGUACAAUAAGGCCAAUUGACAGUGCAUGAACAGAAGGAAUGUGUGUAAGAGUGGAAAGGUAGGUUGGGGACUGGAUGAAAGCAUUCCAACAGGCAUGCCAAGGAAUGUACUUUUCUCUGGUUGAAAAUGAAUCCAUAUUAAUGGGUGCCUAGUUUUCAGAGCUGGCAGCUCAACCGUAGCAGUAGUGUAAACUAACAAUUUAUGAUUAAAAUCUAUUCUCUUUGGGAACAUAAAGAUGAUCAACUUGCAUUAUUAGUAUCACAUCCUACUGAUUACUUUGUGCUCUCUCUACCUCCCUCCAAAUAGAAACAAAAACCAUAUUUAAAAUGAGAGCAAUCAUAUUUACUAAUUUCUCUCCUCCAUUUUAAAGAUUCAGGAAAUUUAUGGCCCUGCCUAAAGAAAAAUGGGCAUAUUACCAAUUAGUCAUGUAACUGUUGCUUCUCUAUGGGCCUUCCAUUAAAAAAUAAAGGAGGAUUUAUCUUUUUGUACAUGGCCCCAUUCUUAGAAUGUUUAAAUACCCAACACACAGAAUUACAAAACACAAUGUAUUAAAAUAAAAUUAUCAGAAUAUUAAAAGUUCACAGGCACCAGGUUAAGAACUCCUUUUGAAAAGAUUUCAGUGAGAACAAAGGGCCAAAUUAAUGGCAGCAAUUAACCUUUCCAAGGAUGGCCACCUAAUUUGGACCUUCUCAAUUGAGCUGGGCUAUAGGACUGUUAAGUUUGAUUAAAGGACAAGGGCAUCUGAGACCCAAACCCCAUGUCAUGGAGACAGACACUGGAGGAACUGAAUUGGUGCCGCAUCCGAUGGCUGGUCUAACUUUCUUCUGGACCAAAAGGAGCUGAGGUCUGUCUUGAAAUGAACUUGAAAGGAAAUAUUACCCAUAGUGACAUUUUCAUAACUGCAAAUCUUAUGUCCCUCUCCUCUUCAAACAACUAACAUACUGUGUCAUACUUCUCAAGGUUAUGUCUUUAUUUAAAUGCUCUUUUAAAAACUAAGUCUGCCAUGAAGUGAGAUUAUACACUUAGCUACCUUUGACUCUCUGGGAGCCACAGAGCAAUGUUGUUUGAUAAAUCAGAUCAGAAAAGGGGUGAAAAUUUAACGAAGGUUGCCGAGAGAAGAGGACCAAACUCUAGACGUCCACCAGUUUGCAGUAAUAACAUUUCCUCUAAAACAGGAGUUCCUAAUUGUUUUUAUCCUUGUGCUCCUGGGUUUUCAGUAAGUCUCUCCAUAACCCCUCAAUCAAUACAAAAGUAAAUACAUUCAAGCAUACAUUUACCAUAUACUUUCACAUAGGAGAAAGAAGUUAACUUCAACAGGAUAAAAACAUCAUCAAAUAUAUUCUCCAUACCUCCGAGACAACCUUUUGGUACUGGGAAUCUCUGCUGCAGAACUAAGAUAUCAAUAAACAGGUGAAAUUUAUUCAAUACAGCAUUGUCCAUUAAAUUAGCAGGUGAUUAUAAUCAACUUCCUAACUUAAAACCAAAGCAGCAAACAUCACUAUCAAUACAGUGAAAUCAAAUCCCUUCAACUCAAAUCACAAUAGCACAAUUUUAUAAAAGCAUAUGGAUGGGGCCACUAGGUGGCAGAUGGAUAGUGCCCCAGGCCUGGAGUUGAGACAAUCUGGGUUCAACAUUGAUCACAGACACUUCCUAGCUGUAACCCUGGGCAAGUCACUCCCAAUGCCUAGUCCUUACUGCUCUUCUGACUUAGAACCAAUAACACAUAACAAUGAUUCUAACAUGGAAGUGUCUUAAAAAACAAAACAAAACAAAAAACCUGUCACUGUCACCAACUUUGGCCUACAGCUUAAUGUGGCGGCAAACUCUUCUUCUCUUGGUUCUUUACUGGUUCUUACAAGGAUGUAAAGUGUUUUAAUGUGAUAAACUGUAACACACUUGCAGCAUUUUCUGUAAGGUAGCAAAUAUCUGUAGCAUCCAUGUCCCUACCACUGACCAAAGCAUUUUCCAAAGGCCUGAAGAUUUUAUGGGAUUACAAACCAAUGUUUUGUUAAGGUUAGGAAUGCCAGUCAUCAUUCCCUUACCAACACCUCAGUAACACCAGCAGUGACAUCAUUUUCCUGAGUCCAUACCCAGAGAGCAAUUCUAAGAACUUUAACUUCAAGUUCCUUUAUUAGAAGUUAAGUUCUAUAGAUCAGCUGGAAGAUUUCUUCUUUUCAUUUAUGAAUUUGUUCCUAGGGCAGAACUGGUAAAAAUCCAGCACCUUUUUCAGGAGGAAGAAUGUUGGAUGUUGGUAAAAUUAAUUUGCACUCCAAGAUUCUGGUGACAUUUUAGUCAGCAGCUAAAAAGAAUUUUGAUCCAAGAAUUCUUGUUGCUGCUGUGUAAUAGCACCUACUCUUGGGAAGUUGGGGGGAGGGCGAGUUUGGUAUAGGAUUCUUAAUUUUUUUUUGUCAUGGAUGUAAACCUUAAAAUUUCAGACUUAUGUUAAAAAUUUUACUCCACAUUGAGGAAUCCUCCAAUUCCCUACUUGAAAUAAUUCCCUACCAGAUAGUGAGAACUCUACUUGAAUGUGAAAACUCCUUGCUAUGGGAGGAUCUCUACCCCAUCCCUACUUGGGACUGCUUUAGGGGAGAAAAAUCCUUGCUACGGGAGGACCUCUAUUCCACCCAUAAAAACUCCUUGCUAAACAAUGAAAGUACUUGAAAACCAUACUUAUAAAGGAAAGGAGUUCUUUGAGCCAUUCCUGUUUUUGGAAUUGAUACAAUGGGAUGCUAAGUUGCCUAUAAAGGUGGGGCAACUUGUAAACUACUUAGAUCUAAAGGGUGAAAACUUACAGAGCUUUUCUCUUAAUGAAAUUAGUCGACACAGCAGUAUUUUUUCCCCUGACUUACUAAAGAGAUUAAUCUACUCAGCUAUGAAUUCAAAAUGGGCUGUCUUUUGAAAAACAUCUACAGUGAUUGGUAGAUGGAAGAACUUAGGGGAGGUGACAUAGGAGAUUUUGCCCUUAAAAUAUAGAGCUCAGAGAAGAGCUGGAGGUCAUUCUGAAAUAUUUAGAUUGAGGAAGAAGUCAUUCUGAAACAUUCAGAUGGAGGAGGGAGCUGGUGAAAGCAGCAGAGAUGAUGCUGGCCUGGUGUCACUAGAAUCCUUGCUUAGGUAGACCUUGUGGUGAGUGUUAAAAGGCUGACUGACUGAUCUCUCUCUUAAGACUCAGGUCUAGGCCAUGUUGGCUUAAGGCCCUUCAUACUUAUUUCCCUUUUCUCUCUUUUCUUUAAUUCCACAUUUGUAUUAAUUAAAAUCUUUAUAAACCCA